AUGUCUAAGAAUCUUAAAGAAGUAUCACCUACACCACUAAAACCAGACGAGAGGCCUAUCUCUUACAACCCUAGAAAGAUCCUGGGUAUUGAGGUCUCCACUACUACUGUGGUUCAUGCUUUGUUCAAGCUACAAAGACUAUCGAUUGUGCCAAUGGCACUAUAUUUCCCGGUCCAUGCGGUUAAUACGAUGAUUACACCAUUGGUUAACCCAGAGACUGCCCCAGACUCGUUCCUGACCGCAGUACACAAGUGGGUUCCUCAGGCUGCGUCCAAGAUACUGAUCGCUUCAUUGCUAACCCACAUUGCAAGCGGCGUCUUGCUACGUGGCUGGAAGCUUUACAAGAGUCAUGUGCUGAAGGAGAAAUACCAUCUCCACCACCAGCACAAACAUACCACAUCUCAAGAUGACAUUGGAUUGACUGGUGGUAUUUCUGGCUACUUGUUUGGAAUUUACAAACAGUUCACUCUUUCACCUUUGUCAAUGUCCGGAUAUGUUCUAACACCAUUAGUGCUAUAUCACUUGCUGAUAAUGAAAUGGGUUCCAGAGAGUUUGGGUGAGCCUGCCACAGGGUUCGACUUUGUCAAACAGCUGUUGAGAGCUAGUGAGUGGUGGAUUCGUUGGUUUGCCGGUAUAAUUCCGCUAUCCGCGUUAAUUUCUGCCGCUUCUUAUCAUAUUGUUGCUGGAGCUUGUAGAUUGCUCGAUGUCAAAGACAUGAAGAAGAGAAAGAACGCUUCCAGGAUUAUCUCUGGUUUGAGUAUUGCCGGAUUUUUAUCGAUUCUAAGACUAUCAAAUGCCAAGUCAUUCUCAUCUGACUGGUCUCAAUUUAAUGAUAUUUUCACUAAAUUAAAUUUCUUGAGAACUUGA